ACACGUGUUGGGUGACGUGGGUAUUUGCCUUGGCGCUCUUCUUUCUUUCUUUCUUCUUCUUCUCUCUCUAAAAUAUCAGAGAAGAGGGAAAAAAAACACUGUUGUGCUCUUUGUGCGUGUUUUUGUUUUUCUAGAGAGAAAAAGAGAAAUGCAAGGAGUUUAGAAGUUUGGAAAUUCAGAAACUGGUUUUAUUUUUGGUUGGAGACUUUUAGGUUGUCUCGCUAUCAUGGGAAACAGUGAGGAAAGGAAGUCUGUUAAGCCCGAGAAAUCAUCUUCACCUGCAAUGGACCAGAGUAAUGUUCAUGUGUACCCUGAUUGGGCGACUAUGCAGGCAUGCUAUGGUCCCCGAUUGGCAGUGCCGCCAUAUUUUAACUCUGCUGUUGCUGCUGGUCAUGCUCCACCUAUGUAUAUGAUGGGACUACCCCCACAGUCUAUGUUGCGUCCUUAUGGGGCUCCAUAUGCGGCAUUCUAUGCUCAUGGAGGAGUUUAUACACAUCCCGGCGUUCACUUAGCAGGUUCUUUCAGCACAGACACACAGGCCAAGUCAUCGGGUAAUACGGAUGGAGGCAUGGUGAAGAAAUUGAAAGAAUUUGAUGGGCUUGCAUUCUCAAUAGGCAAUGGCCACACUGAAAGCGCUGAAGGUCAAGUUGAUCAGAAAGUUUCACAGAGUGAGGAGACUGAAGGUUCUAGUGAUGAUAGCAAUGGAAUUACAGCUGGGGCGGGUCAGAAUGGAAAGAAAAGAAGCCGGGAUGGAAGUCCUAUCAACAAAGAUGGAAAGAUUCAGACACAAAACAGUAUGAUUUCCAGCACAGAAGUUGGUCGAAGUUCUGAUGAAACCAUGGAUGUGAUUGUGCCUGCUGUUAAUACAUCUGAACAAUUGAUAGGGAACGCGUCUACAGCAUUGGAACUGAAAAAUACUUCUAACACAAAUGUGAAUCCCAGAUCAACUAUUGUUCCACAAUCUUGUCCUCCGACGCUAAAUGAAUCCUGGGUGCAGAAUGAGCGAGAGCUGAAACGGGAGAGGAGGAAACAGUCUAAUAGGGAAUCUGCAAAAAGAUCUCGACUGAGGAAACAGGCCGAAACUGAAGAACUAUCUAUGAGAGUCCAAUCACUGACGUCUGAGAAUGUGACUCUUAAAUCUGAGUUAAAUAAAUUAAUGGAGAGUUCAAAGAAACUGAAGCUUGAAAAUGCUACAUUAAUGGAGAAACUGCAACUCGGACAAUCAGAUGAGACGAGUCUAUUUGGGAUUGAUGACUCGAGGAUGAAACCGAUUGGCACAGUAAACCUAUUGGCAAGAGUUAACAACUCUGGUUCUGUUGAAAAAAAGGAUGAGGAAAAUGACGCAUACGAGAAAAAGAGCCCCAGAGGAAAGCUUCACCAACUUCUCGAUACAAGCCCCAGGGCCGAUGCUGUGGCUGCUCGUUGAUCUUCAAACCUGUAAUUCUAACCACUGAACCCUUAGUUGAUCUUGUAAUUUUGGCAUAAAUUAGAAGCCUGAAAUUACUGCUAAUUAAUAGAAUAUAAGAUAGUUUCCACUUUAACCGAGAACAAGGUAUCAGCGACAACUGGGUAUUGCUCCAUAGCCUGCAGAAUAGUAGCAGCCAUUGCAAAAACCGAGAGCGAAUAUGAGUUUAUAUAGUUUAGAGGGAUGGGAUGGCUACAAAUAGGUAAUGUAUACUGGUGAGAAAUAGGAACUAUGUUUAGAAAAUGUUGUGGAAGUAUAUGUGGUUUGUGUUAUGGUUAAAGAGCCUCUAAACUUACUGAAAAGAUAUUUCUGCAAGUAAAAGCACAUUUGCACAUUUUCUGCCAUUA